CGAGACUUUGCCUUGCAAAUGAGACCAAUGACAAAUCAUCACAGAAACAAUUCAGAAGACAAGCCACAGAAGCCUGCUUCCCGAGGACACAGAAAACAUGGGAAAGAGGUCUUCAAAAACAGUAGUAGCCGCCAAAAGCAUAGCCCAACUCACAGGAAAAGCACAGGCUACAACCAAAUCACAACUCCCAGGCCAAGCAUGGAACCAGCAAGAAGAAGGAAAAGAAGGUCCAUCGUGGAAAUGCAGCUAGAUUCAGAGAGGCAGGUGAGGGUACACAAGAAACAGGGAACUAUAGAAGAGGCCCAACAGCAACAAGGGAUAAAGCCACUCUCCAGCAAGCCAAAGAUUGAGCCAGCGAAGCAACAGCAACUGACUGCCCUGAGAGCAACGUCUACUGGCAUAUAUAAACAGGGAGAAUUUACUCCAGGGUCUUUUGAGGAUUGCCUCAACUAUGACAGCUCUCUGUCUUCCUCCCCCACACAGCCUCCCCGCAAAAGGAAGAGGACCGGCCCCUGCGAAGCUCACACCCAGUGCCCAGCAGCAGCAAUGGUGCCUCAAAGCAAGGCUCAAAGCUGCAAGGAUCUGAAUCUCCUCCUGGCCGCCAGUCCAUUUCCAGAGGUCACCUCCACCCUACAAGACUGCUUCCCACAGGAGGGACCCGAGCACCCUUCCUUCACCGAUGAGCAAGAAGUAGCACCAUGGGCUUGGAGGAGCAGCUCGAAAACGCCUGUGUAUUCGCCUCGCAGACCUGGGAGACCUCUCCAACAGAACUCGUACCAAGGACGCCUUGCUAAGCCACAGUCUUGGUGGGAAACUCACGGACAACCCGCUCCUCCUCGGGAGGACGCCCAGCUCUGGAGUCAGCAAGAGGGGGAUUCCGGGACCCAGACCCACACUGAUAAGCAAACUCACAGGCGGACCCAGACUGAGACCCAGGCACACCUCAGGCAGCAGGAGUCCCUGGACCUGAAGUUGCAAUCCCUGAGAGCCCGCAUUCUAAACUCACAAGCCAAGAGGCCUCAAGGCCGACAAACUAAGAUGAUCUCCUUCCAGGCCCAGGCCCCAAGCCCAGGCCAGCAUGCAGACUCGGGACCCGGAGGGGAGGCCUCCCCCGAAAAUGUGCACAGCCUCCGCGAAGCCUCUGGUCCUGGCCUUCUCCGCAGGGCUCCCCGCCCGCCCUUGGGCGGCAGCCACAAGACCCUGGCUAAGAAACCCGCCCCGCUCAUGGCCAAGGCCCUCAAGGAUUACAAGAACAGGUGGGCUAGGAAGUGA